CGCGGCGGGGCCGGGGCCGGUGCCGGUGCGGAGGUAGCGGCGGGUCGCUCGGUGCCGCUCGGUUCCCGCUUUGGUUUCCACCCCCCGCCGCCCCCAACCCGGCCCCGCUCCCCGGUAGCCGCGAUGCCCAACUUCUCCGGGAACUGGAAGAUGAAGAGCUCGGAAAACUUCGAGGAGCUGCUGAAAGCGCUGGGCGUCAACAUGAUGCUGAGGAAGAUCGCGGUGGCGGCGGCCUCGAAGCCGGCGGUGGAGAUCAAACAGGACGGGGAGACCUUUUACAUCAAGACCUCGACCACCGUCCGCACCACCGAGAUCAGCUUCAGGAUCGGGGAGGAGUUCGAGGAGCAGACGGUGGACGGGCGGCCCUGCAAGAGUUUGGCCAAGUGGGAGAGCGAGAACAAGAUGGUGUGUGAGCAGCGGCUGCUGAAGGGCGAAGGACCCAAGACGGGCUGGUCCAGGGAGAUGACCAACGAUGGGGAGCUCAUCCUGACGAUGAUGGCCGACGAUGUUGUCUGCACCAGGGUCUACAUCCGGGAGUGACCCCCCCGCUCCGCUGACCCCCGGCACCACAUCAGCAUUCCCACCGCCCCCCCCCAGCCCUUUUGCCUCCCCCCCAUCCCUGUGUGUCCCCCCCCAGCCCCCAUUACCCACCCUGUGUCCCCUCCGCUCACCCCACAGCCACAGGGAGGGGGUUGCAUCUUCCCAAGGGGCUACAUCAGAGCAACCCCCUUUUUUGGGGGUAAACCACAGCUUUUUCGUCCGUCCCCCCACCCAGCACAGGGUUUCUCUAGGGGCAGGAAAAUCUCAUUUUCUGGCCCCGUUUCUGCCGCCCUCGCUGCAAGACAAAGCACCCGGUUUUUGGAGAGGCGCCGGGGCCGCAGCGGGGGGUAACGCAGACACCUCCCUGGGUCUUUGGGUUGGUUUUAACUGUUUUUGGUUCAGUUUGAAUUUUUUUUUUUUUUUUUUUUUUUUUUCCUGAACGCAGCCCCUGGCCCUCACCCUGCCCCGGGGCCGUGCUCACUCUCCCCCCCACCCUGCUCCACGUCCCCCCAGUAUUUAUUUGUGAAUAUUGUAUCGGAAGGAAACACCAAACAACCCCAACCCAUUCAGCUUCAGGUCUGAGCCCCUCCCAGGAUCCGAAACCCCCUCCCAAGGAUCGUCCCGCCACCUCCCUCCUCUUUUCAAUAAAUGUUCUACGACCCA